GCAGAUGUCAACUGUCAGCAAAGUGAAAUUGUCAAAAUACCAAAGAGAGUAAGAGAGAGACUAACUAUUGAUAUUGACGCCUUUUUGUAGUUGUUUUUAAUUUGAGAGCACAAUUACUUCGGCGUAUCAUAAUUAUGCAUUUAAAAUUUUGGCCAAUGGUGGUGAAUCUAUGUAACUACGCCGCAUAACAAAAAUGUCUUUAUUCCCGGCUUACGCUCAAACUUCAAACAUUACUCAAACUGAUAAUGAAGUAGAGAUAAGUGGCGAGUGGCUGGCUGAGGCACAGCUGCUGGCGAGCGACACAGACGAGGAGCGCGAGGCGUGCCGGCCACGCGCCGCCACCUCACCGCCUGAACACCAUCAGCACUUCUAUGUUGAUCGCAAGUUAGAUGUCGCCAACUUGCGGGUCUCUACGCUUUAUUACCCUGGAAGACCACAGUACGAGGCGCCGGCCCCGCACGCGGCGCUGGGCGCGCCGGCCCGCGCGCCGCGCCGCGCCCGCCGCCGCGCGCGCCGCUACCACGCCGCGCCCGCGCCGCCGCCCGCGCCGCCGCACCACGAGCUGGCGCAGCGCACGCGCGCCUUCCGCGACCUGCUCGCCGGCGCUCCCCACGACGAGGAAACGUGGCUGCACUUCAUUGACUUCCAAGAGUGCACGCGAGAUCCCGACGCCGCGCUGGCGGCGGCCACCGAGGCCGCGGCUGUGCUGGGCUCGUCGCGGCGCGUGCGGGCCGCGCUGCACCGCGCGCGCGGGCUGGCGCUGUCGCCGCACCGACGCCUGGAGCUGCUGCGCGGGGAGCUGGCGGCGGCGGGCGGCGACGGCGCUCUGCUGACGGAGCUGUGGCUGCGCGUGCUGGCGUGCGCGGCGGAGGCGGGCGGCGAGGGGCUGGAGGCGGCGGCGGCGGCGGCGCUGGCGGGCACGCGCGGCCACGCGGCGGCGUACCCGCACGUGCUGUACGCGUACGGCGCGUACCUGCGCGCGGCGGGCCACUGGGAGCGGCUGGUGCUGCUGCUGGAGCUGGUGGCCAGCAUGAACUUCCCGCCCGCCGCCUUCCCGCCGCCUCCUGACCCCGACCGGGAACUCGAACAGGAGCGCCGUUUAACUGAGCUCGAGGACAAGGCGCUGAGCAGCGCGCUGCCGCUGAGCACGGUGUGGGUGCGCGUCGAGCGGGCCCGCGCCGCCGCGCACUGGCGCCCCGCGCAGCCGCCCGGGGCCCCGCCGCCCGGGGCCCUGCCGCCCGGGGCCCCGCCGCCUGCCCUGCCGCCCGCCGACCCCGAGCGCACGCCGGCGCCGGCCGACGUGGCGGAGCUGCUGCGCGCCGCCGCGCCGCAAGCCGCCGACCUGCUGCUGGUGCAGAUGCUGCGCCUCGCCAAGGUGCCGCUGCUGCCGGCGGCGCAGUUCUCGCUGGAGCGCGUGCACGCGGAGGGCGGCGCGCUGGGCGACGCGGCGGAGGCGGGCGGCGCGGAGGCGCUGCUGGCGCUGCUCCGCGCCGCGCGCCGCCUGCCGCCCGCGCACCCCGCGCGCCAGCCCGGCGCCGCCGCGCUGCUGGCGCUGCUGGCGGACCCGCCGCACUACUUCUCCGACGACGCGGGCUACCUGCGCUGGGUGUCGGCGCUGUGGGACGCCGCCUGCGGCUGGGCGGCGCCGGGCGACGCGCGCGCCGCGCUGCUGUGCUGGCGUCUGCGCUGGCUGCACUCGCUGCAGCUGCUGCUCGAUAUGGAGGAGGAAGCGGGCCGCAGCGAGGCGCGACGCAUCCGACAGCACGCGCGCGCUGCACUCAAGCGCUUCGGCGACGACCAUCCGCUGCCGUACGCACAGCUCGCCCGCCUGCUGCACGCCGCCGGCGACGCGCCGCAAGCCCGCGCCGCCGCCGCCCGCGCCGCCAGCGCCGCGCUGCGCCGCCCGCACGCGCACCAGCGCCUCUACGUCGCCAGGGUGAUGGGCGAGGUGAGCGACGACGACGCGCUCGGCGAGUGGGCGUGCGUGUGCGCCGCGCUCGCGCGCCCGCUGCCGCCCGACGCCUCCCGCGCGCCGCCGCCCGAGCUGCGCGCGGCGGCGCUGGCGGCGUGCGAGGCGGAGUGCGCGCGCCUGGAGCACGCGCCGCCGGGCGACGCCGGCGUGCUGGGCGCGCUGCUGCCCGCGCCGGCCGAGUGGGCGGCGGCGCGCGCGCGGCUGGCGGGCGGCGCGCGGCGCGAGGCGCUGCUGGCGCGCGCGCUGGCGGCGGCGCGCGGCGCGGAGGGCGAGGCCCAGCGCUACUGGGAGCAGAGCGCCUGCGCGCUGGUGGCGGCGGCGGCGCGCGACCAGCGCCUCGCGCAGUGCGCGCGCGCCGCGGCGCCGCUCUUCCCCCACAAUGCCUUCCUCGCAUUAGCGUGCGGCGGGGCGCCGCUGUGGGCGUGGCGCGGCGGCGCGACGCAGCUGGAGCGGCUGCGCGGCGCCACGCUCGCCUCGCGCUCGCACCGCGCCGCGCUGGCGCACGCGCUGCCGGCGCUGCUGCGCGGCGCGGCGGCGGGCUGGGCGCCGGGCGCGGCGGCGGCGGCGGCGUGCCCGCGCACGCAGCGCGCGCUGCACGCGGCGCUGGACCGCCUGCCGCAGCACAAGUGGCUGGCGGUGCGCGGCGCGGCGUGGCUGGGCGCGGAGGCGGCGGCGCUGGCCGACGUGCUGCUGGAGCGGCGCCUGCGCCUGCACGCGCUACUGGAGGAGCUGGCGCCGCUCGAGCCGACGCCGCUGCACGAGCCGCACUCCUUAUGAUCUACCACAAUAAAAUGUUUACCACAGAAAA